AUGGUUUCGUUACAGUCGAUUGACCACUAUGAAUUCAAAGAAAUAUUGGGAACGGGAGCCUUUUCAGAAGUCCGUCUUGCAGAGGAUCAACGAAACCCUGGAUCAUUCGUAGCGAUAAAGUGUAUUCGCAAAAAAUACCUUUCUAAGUCUCAAAAUUCCGAGUGUGCUAUCAAGGAGGCUGAGUCACGCAAGGAGUCUCUCAACAAUGAGAUAGAAGUGCUGAGAAGACUCAGACACCCAAAUAUAGUUCAGUUGUUUGAUGUCUUAGAAGAUGCGGAGUGUUACUACCUUGUUAUGGAACUGGUUACUGGAGGGGAAUUAUUCGAUCGUAUUGUUCAGAAAGGUAGUUAUACUGAACGUGAUGCAAGUGCCCUUAUUCGACAAGUUCUGUUAGCUACUGAAUAUAUGCAUAGUCAAGGAGUUGUACAUCGAGAUUUGAAACCGGAAAAUCUACUUUACUUUAGUCCAGCUGAUGAUAGUAAAAUAAUGGUGAGUGAUUUUGGCUUGUCAAAAAUAGAAAACAAUGAGUCCAUCAUGGCUACAGCCUGUGGUACACCAGGUUAUGUUGCUCCUGAAGUUCUUAGUGUUAAUGAAGGCAGUUCCGGUUAUGGCAAAGAAGUAGACUGUUGGGCUAUUGGUGUGAUUGCAUACAUUUUAUUAUGUGGAUAUCCACCAUUCUAUGAUGAAAACGAUCAUGAAUUGUUUCGUCAAAUACGAAUGGCAGAAUAUGAAUUUGAUUCCCCGUAUUGGGAUAAUAUAUCUGACUCAGCCAAAGAUUUUAUUAGUAAUCUACUCCAAAAAGAUCCAAAAAAACGCUAUAGUUGUGUGCAAGCCUUAGAACAUCCGUGGAUAGCUAGUAAUACAGCACUUGAUAGGGAUCUUUAUCCUUUUGUCAGUGAACAGAUACGUAAAAAUUUCUUAGCAGUAAAACGAUGGAAAAAAGCUUAUAAUGCAACAGCAGUACUUCAUUUAUUACGUCGUCUUCAAUUAAAUAAAAGUAAUUCAACGGCGGAAAAAUCAACUAAUUCCACUGAUUCUUUAUCUACAUUCACAUUUGAUGAAGAUAAAUUAGCAGAAAUACAAUGUAAACAAUUAAAAUCAAAUUCUAUUGAUAAACAAGAUAAAUUACCACCUAAAUUACAAACAUCAUGUUCAUCACCAUCAUCAUUAUCUUCACCUACUCGUCCUCCUGAAAUUAAACCAUUUUCAUUCAACAAUAUAACUGAUGAAAUUAAAAAUAUUGAGAAAAAUGAUAACAAUACAACUUAA